UCUGAGCUGAACUAAACUUUGAGUCUUUGUUCGAGAGAAGCGCGAGGAGCGAGUCCAGAGAACCAGAACCAGAACCAGAGAACCAGAACCAGAGAACCAGAGAACCAGAGAGCCGGUCCUGCUGCGGGCUCACUGCCACCAACAACCCGGGAAAACCCCCGAGGAGUCCCGCGAGGAGGGUGUGAGGAGCCGGGCACAGCUUGGGGAGAUACUCGGAGGAGGACAUGGAUCCAGAGUGAGAGCUCCGGUUCGAGAGGGACACACAUGGACGGACCGACGGACCGCGAGCGCUCUGAUCCGGUCCCGAUUCGGGUACGAUGAAACUUUGAGGCCGGUGGUUCUGGACCUGGCUCGGACCGACGCGGGUUGUUGUCCUGGUGCCUCCUGGGAAAUAAAAAGUAUUAAUCAGCUGAGCAGAGCGUGGAUGAGGCUCGGUUCCGGUUCUUCUCUCUGCGGGUCAUGGAGCUCUGCGGGCGGCCGCUGCUGCUGCUGCUGCUCGGCCUGAUGCUCCGCUUCUGCUCCGGGGACACGGAGGACCGCCUCGUGUCGGACCGGUACGAGGUGUACUGGAACAGCUCCAACCCCCGGUUCUUCGGGGGCGAGUACACGGUGGAGGUGGCGAUCAACGACUACCUGGACGUUUACUGUCCGCACUACGAGGGGGCGGAGUCAUCGGAGCGCACGGAGCAGUACGUGUUGUACAUGGUGAACUACGACGGUUACACCACGUGUGACCACCGCAGGAAGGGAUUCAAACGCUGGGAGUGUAACCGCCCACUGAGCGCCAGCGGACCGCUCAAGUUCUCCGAGAAGUUCCAGCUGUUCACUCCGUUUAGCCUCGGCUUCGAGUUCCGGCCAGGACACGAGUACUAUUACAUCUCGUCUCCUCAUCUGAAUUUGGCUGGAGAACCUUGUUUGAAGCUGAAGAUUUACGUCAAACCAACGAACGACUCUGUGUACGAGUCUCCGGAGCCGUUUCUGACGGACGACACCACCGGCGGCUGCGUCCUCGCCAUGCCCCGCCUCUCCCUGCUUUUCACCAUGUUGCUCGCGACACUCUUCGUCCUCUUCUUCGCCUCGUCAUAGUUCCUCCUCCUCAUCCUCCUCCUGUCGCUCUGACAGACCGGACACGAGGCAGGAACACGUCUCCCCGACCUCUGACCUUCAUCUGAGGUCAACUCAGCAGCUCAGCCACUCAGGAGGCAGAGACUGAUGGUGGGAGGAGCCUGGAGCUCAGGUGGCUCCAAAUACCACAGCUGUUCAUUUUUUAAAUAAAUUAAAACUUAUUAUUUUAUAUUAACACAACAAAAAUUCUUCAUUAAAUUUAAACCUUAUUUGAACUUUAUUUACAGCAAAAUAAAUAAUUUUCAAAUAUUAAAACAAAGAAGUAAUGGAGAAAUUAAAUAAAACAUUUAAAUGCAAAGCUGGAGGUGAAGUUAAAGAUCAAAUCUGACUUUUUAUAACUGAACAAGAUCAUGUCUUAUUUUUUGUAUACAAAAAUAACACAAACAUGACUUUAAUGUUCAUUUGUUUCCUUCUUUGAUUGUUAGAUGAUGUCUCUCUCUCGCUCUGUCUCUGUCUCCCUCUAUCUCCCUCUCUGUUUCUCUCUUACUCUCUCUCACCCUGUCUCUCUCUCUCUCUCUCUGUCAAUCUCUCUCUCUCUCUCUCUCUCUCUCUCUCUCUCUCUCUGUCUGUCUGUCUAUAUCUAUCGUCCACCUCCAGCCUCUUUCCUGUAAAUCUGCCAAAGACUUUG